AUGAGCAAAGUCAUACCUCUCCUGCCAGUCAUAGUUAACAAUGAGGAAGAAUACAAAGUUGAAAAGAUUCUGGACUCAUGCAUCUAUCGCAGACAGCUCCAAUAUCUCAUCAAAUGGAAAGAAUACAGACAAGGUGCCAACAAAUGGAUUCCUGCCAAAGACGUCCAUGCGAAAGAACAUCAAACUCCACAGUUACUUUAA